AUGGCAGCGGGUCCUACCGAGCGACAUUCGCAUCCUGUUGAGGCUGCUGCUGAUGUAGCUGCGGAAAACGAGCCUACUGCCGUCAUCGGUGCGGAAGGCAAGAAGUCCAAGGAGUGGUGGGGAGGCUUGGGAUGGGGACGUCCCUGGGGGUGGCUUCGGGGGAUGGGGUGGCUACGGUGGUGGAUGGGGAGGAUACGGUGGCGGAUGGGGAUGGUAGACCUCACACAUACUGGACAUUGCGCCGACUGA